CACUGAUUUGCUAACUAAAAGCCAACCCUGUCUCCUAUAUAUACUAUGUCCCCCCUCAUCCCUUUCAUCACUUCCAACGAGACUUACUCUAGAAGAAUGCCCAUAAUAAUGCUCCCAUUUCUUCUCGGUUUCUCUCUUUUCCUAUCCGGUUUUGAUGUUUUGGUACAAGUUGAAUGCCUUGGCAUAAACUAUGGCCAAGUUGGCAACGACCUGCCUCCACCUGACAAAGUUCUACAACUCCUAAAAUCCUUGAGGAUUGACAAGGCAAGAAUCUACGACACCAACCCCCAGAUCCUGACGGCGUUCGCCAACUCGAACGUCGAGCUCAUCGUGACCGUCGAGAACCAGAUGCUGGCGGCCCUGGGCGGGGACCCGCAACAAGCCGCACAGUGGGUGAGCGGCCACGUGGCCCCGUACGUCCCGGGGACCAAGAUCACCGGAAUCGCUGUGGGCAAUGAGAUUUUUAGCGACAGCGACCGGUCCUUGGUCCUGAACCUGGUCCCAGCCAUGGUAAAUAUACAUGCAGCCCUCGUCCAGCGAGGGCUGGAUCGUAAUAUCCACGUCUCCUCCCCCUGCUCUGCUGCAGUCCUCGCGAGCUCCUUCCCCCCGUCCUCUGGGUGCUUCAGGCACGAGCUCGCGGGGCCCAUGCAGCAGUUCUUGCAGUUCCUAGAGGGGACGAAUUCGCCCUUCUGGAUCAACGCGUACCCGUACUUCGCGUACAAGGACAACCCUACCCUCAUCUCCCUCGACUACAUCCUCUUCAACCCGAACCCCGGGACGGUUGACCCGUUGACCAGACUGCGGUACGACAACAUGUUGUACGCUCAGGUCGACGCGGUCGCGUUCGCCAUUUCCAGGAUGGGAUUCUCCGGCGUGGAGGUCAGGGUGUCGGAGACCGGGUGGCCGUCGAAAGGCGGGCCCGACGAGACCGGGGCCACGCCGGAGAACGCAGCGGUGUACAACAAGAACCUGAUGAGGAGACAGGCGGCGCAAGAAGGGACGCCGCUGAGGCCAAACGUGAGAUUGGAAGCGUAUGUAUUUGCUUUGUUUAAUGAAGACAUGAAGCCGGGGCCGGCGUCGGAGAGGAACUAUGGUCUUUUCCGACCGGAUGGGACAAUGGCGUAUAGCGUCGGCGAUGUGACGUCACGACCGUUGCCGAGUCAGCCCUCAAACUCAACUUCUCCCGUUUUCUCUCGAACAAGAAAGGCAAAACAAAUGGACUGUCAAAGCUUGGAAUGUUGGAUGUUUGUAUAUGCGCUGGCUGGCUUGGUUCAUAGGCUGUUAUAACCAUUAAAUAAUGUAAAAUUUGCACUAAAUAGGACUAAAACAUAAUGACUUUUCCAUUGUAAGAUUUAAACUUUUUAAUUUCCUAAAUAGGACUUAAUAAUGACCUAGUGGGAGGAUUAAUGUCCAGUAAUAAUGGACAUUUACUUGAAUAAUGACUACUUGAUAAUGACCAAAAGUCCUACAUUGGGAAAUAAAAACAUAUAGUCUUAUAUUGGGAAAGUCAUUAUGUUUUAGUCCUAUUUAGUUAAAUUUCUCUAAAAUAAUCAAUACUCGGGGAAGGUAGACGGAGGUAGACUAGCCGCUUAACAGUGCAAAAAACCCGCCGCCGAUUCAGCGGUAACUCAAGGUGACCGCGGCGCAUAUAGGUCAAGCUCUGCGUUAAUGGAGCAUCAGAAGAUUUCAUGAGAAAAAUGAGAGAAUCGAUGAACAACAGAUCUUGGUACAGAUGACGAAGGAAAUGAAAACAAUAGCUCACGGCGAAUCAUCCACUUCAGCGGAAAUUGAACAGGAUCGGAUGAAACUAUUGGAGGCACGUAAUCCGAAACAUCUACGUAUAUUUCAAUCAUGAGGCGGAAUUUCCCCAAUUCAGUGGAACUAAUGCUCGGAAACAAGUCUUAUUUAGGGUUUCAAAACCAUGUGAUAAAAAUGUGUUGCUCUGAAUUCAGAUAGGUAUGAUCGUGUUGAGUUUAUGAU